CCCUCAGCGGCUGGAAGGAAGGCCGGGCGCUUCCCGCCCUGCGGCGCCCCUCAGCAUGGCCGGGGCGGCGCUGGGCCCGGCGGGCCCGCCGGUGAAGGUGCUGGCGGCGCAGCUGCGGCGGGCGGAGCGCGGCGCGGGCGGCAGCUGGGAGCUGCGGCGGGCGGCGGCGGGCCGGGCGCCGCUGCCCCUGCGGGCCGUGUGGAUGCAGGGCACCGUGCUGGAGGUGCAGCGCGGCGCCGAAGGCGGCUCGGCCCGGCUGCAGGACGGCAGCGGCGCCUUCACCGUGCUGGGCGUGGAGCAGGUGCCGCAGGGCCGGCCGUGCCUCAGCGCAGGGAAGUAUGUAAUGGUGAUGGGUGUGGUGAGGUCCUGCAGUCCGGAGCCCAUUCUUCGAGCAAUAAAGAUGACAGAUCUCUCUGAAAACCCCAUCCAUAAGAAUAUGUGGAACCUCGAAGUGGAGGAUUUGCACAGAGUCAUCCCCUAAUACUUUUACUUUCUGCCUAAAAGAACUGGAAAUUUGUUUUCUUUUGCUUUUUGGUGCAGAGCAUUGGACUAUUCUGUGUAACCACUCCAAAGUGAGAAGCUGGGCUCAGUUAGGCUUAGGGGCCAGUGCUUGUCUGAUAAUAAUCACAGUUCAUGUCUCCAGUCUCUUUUUCUGCCAGCAUAUUUGAGAAGUGCCUAUUUGAUGUUUGGAUUAAGAUGUGCAUGCUAUUAAAAAGGCUGUAUGUUUGUU